AUGAGUGUACCGUGUCACGCCAAGCAAGGAUGUGUGCUGAGACGGUUGGAGCAGAUUCUCAGGGAAAGGGAGCCCCCGCGCACCCAGACUCAGAGGUACCAGUGGCCUACUAAGCUAUUAAUGCGUCCACAGUCUCAAGCCGCUGAAGUGAAGAUGGUGAAGUUGCAAGAGAAGCCGAAACCAUUGGACAUGACGCUCAAGAUCAUUGGGAAUUCAGCGGUCGUCAUGAACACGGCGAGAGACUCCGAGGAAUCUGAGACCCGUCCUGAACCGGUAGAACAAGCCCAUCCAGACUUGAGUCCAGACGUUGAGACCCAGGAUCCGGAGGGUAUGGCGGAUGUCGAGAGUAAUGUUCAGGCCACUGAAUCGUCAGUGGAUGUCCAGUCACAGGUGAGCCGUUCGACACCGGUCCAAAGGCUGGAGGCAGAAUAUGCUCGGUGUAACAUCGACGAAGCUAAUGUCGGAGUUCCAGGGGUCACAACUCCAGAGAUGGAAGCCAAGAUGAGAGGGAUCCUGAAACGCCAUCGCAGCAUCUUCCUGGGAGAUGGCAACGCGGCUCCAGCCCCGGCUAGGGGCGUGGUGUGUGACAUCGACGUUGGAGAAGCAAAAUCAGUGGCUUUACGUGCGAGAAAGAUUGCCGCACCGGUUUUGGUGAAAGUGUUUGAACUCCUGAAGAAGUUGCUGGAGGCGGAGCUCAUUAAGCAUUCAGAGUCCGAGUGGUCAUCACCUAUUGUGAUUGUGUUGAAGAAAAACGGCACAGACAUCCGGAUGUGUAUUGAUUACCGGCUUCUGAAUUUGCUCAUUUAA